AACAGGCGGCGCUGUAGCUGGCGGAAGAGGAGGUCGCCCAGCCCAGUAUCUCUUCGCCUGGAACACAGAAGCCGAGGGGGAGACGAGAAAACGGGAGGAGAAAGAAAAAGCUAAGAUAAUGGCCGCUAAAUCGGAUGGGGUAUUGAAAAUGAAAAAGAGCGAUGUAGCGUUCACGCCUUUGCAGAAUUCGGACCACUCGGGCUCAGUACAAGGACUGGUUCCAGGAUCGCAGCCGGAUUCGGGAACCGGGGAUGGGGAAUUCGUGAAUGGGGAAUCGCGGUGCUGUGGUUCUAAUUCGAAAUGUCUUCGCCUUGGCAGAGAGCAACACACAAAAUACACGAUAUGGGACUGUCUAUGGAUUAUCGCUGCAGUGGCGGUGUAUUUCGCCGAUGUAGGCACCGACAUUUGGCUUUCUGUCGACUAUUACCUCCGUCGCGACUACUGGUGGUUCGGGCUCACGCUAUUUUUUGUGGUGCUAGGGUCGUUCUCCGUCCAAGUCUUCAGUUUCCGAUGGUUCGUCCACGAUUUCAGCAGCGACGAGAGCUCCAAUGCCGCCGGUGCGGCAAACUGCUCAUCCCACAUGGACGGGAAGCUGCUGAGCGGUUCUGCUUCACAUGGAGAUGUGGGCGCCCACCCGUCCACACCUCAAAGACAGGCAUCCACCGCGAGCAAGAGCAACACCACAACCAACAGUAACAGCAGCACGGCAACCCGGACUAAUAAGAAAAGGUCGGCGUCCUGUUCAGUCUUCAUCUGGUCCGCGCAAUCCGUCACCCAUAUCUUGCAGCUUGGACAGAUUUGGAGGUAUUUCCACGCCAUCUACCUGGGCAUCCGGAGCCGGCGCAGUGGGGACCAUGACCGCUGGAGGUUCUACUGGAGGAUGGUGUAUGAGUUUGCUGACGUCAGCAUGCUGCACCUCCUGGCCACCUUCCUGGAGAGCGCUCCUCAGCUGGUCCUGCAGCUCUGCAUCAUCAUCCAGACCCACAAACUGCAGGCUGUCCAAGGAAUGACAGCGGCUGCCUCCCUGGUGUCUCUUGCCUGGGCCUUGGCAUCCUAUCAGAAAGCCCUGCGAGACUCCCGGGAUGAUAAGAAGCCAAUCAGCUACCUGGCCGUCAUCAUCCAGUUCUGCUGGCACUUCUUCACCAUCGCCGCCCGGGUCAUCACCUUCGCCCUGUUUGCCUCCGUGUUCCAGCUCUACUUUGGUAUCUUCAUUGUCCUCCACUGGUGCAUUAUGACCUUCUGGAUAGUCCACUGUGAGACCGAGUUCUGUAUCACCAAGUGGGAGGAGAUUGUCUUUGACAUGGUUGUGGGGAUCAUCUACAUCUUCAGCUGGUUUAAUGUGAAGGAGGGUCGUACUCGGUGUAGGCUCUUCAUCUACUACUUUGUGAUCCUGCUGGAGAACACUGCUCUGAGUGUCCUGUGGUACCUGUACCGCGUCCCUCAGACCACUGACGCCUUCGCCGUCCCCGCCCUCUGUGUCAUCUUCAGCAGCUUCCUCACCGGCAUCGUCUUCAUGCUCAUGUACUACACCUUCUUUCACCCCAACGGGCCCCGCUUCGGACGCUCGCCCAGCCUCGUGCUGGACGACCCCACCGCUGCCUUCACACUGCCCGCCGAGGGGGCCACCAACUCGCUGAGGUCCAACCGUGGUGCGCCCCUGAUCUCAGGGGACGGCACCAUUGGCAGGGACGGCAAAUACACUGAGAGGGACGGCUGCAUGCCCGUGUUUCAGGUGAGACCCACCGCCCCCUCCACGCCGUCCUCCCGCGCCCCGCGCAUCGAGGAGACGGUCAUCAAAAUAGACCUGUGUCGGAACCGCUAUCCGGCCUGGGAGAGGCACGUACUGGACAGGAGUAUACGCAAGGCCAUCCUGGCUAUCGACUGCUCCCCCACGCCGCCCAGACUCCAGUACAAAGAUGACACUACAGUUCAGGAGCGCCUGGAGUACGAGACCACGUUGUAGCCCUGCACUGCUGCCUGGACGCCUGGAUGUUGGAUCCUUAGAAAUGCAAAACCAUAAUAAAGGAUGACCAUCAACUCGGAUUUACAGCAGGACUGUGGCAAUAAUAAGUUAUUAGCUCUCUCUCUCUCUCCUUCAAUACAUACUAGCGUUGAACCAUGAUGUUGAUUGUCAUGGGUAAGAAUAGACACAACUUAUUAGUUGAUAUGACGGAGGGAUAUAUUCAUGUUUUCUAAACGGAGUUCCUCUUUUUGGGUUUAUUUGGUUGAUGUUGUCGUUAUUGUAUUGUUUAAUUAUUUUUAAUUUUAUGUCCGUCAGGGAUUCUCUUAUUUGAUAAAAGGCCAUUGCACACACACAUAAAAAUUUGUCCCAAUAGUCUACCAUAAUAAAAGCAGUGUUCUAAUGAAUGACAUCAUGCCCCUUCAUAACAGAUCCUUAUGAAGGUUCGUAACAGGUUAUAACAGGUCGUUAUGAAUGUCUUCUGAGCUCUGCCACCCAGGUGGAACCAAGCAGAGGACCAUACACAUUCUCCUGAUGUAACCAAUGUACCUGAUGACUCAAUGUAGGGUCAUUGCUGGUUCUUAAUGUUUACCUUUGGUAUCUCAUAUCUACAGUAAUUUCUAUUACCACCAUCUUAGAUCUGCAAAUAUGUACUUUACAUUUACAGUAUACAAGUAAUAUCCCCUGAUAUACAUAGAGUGGACGUGGUGAUUAACAAAAAUAAAUAAAAAAUAGUCAGCUAAUGGUCCUGAUUCACAUUUAGGAUGGUUCUAGUUAUUUCUAAUUCAAAGAAAACAGGUGACAAAGUAGUACACACGGUCCAUGAUGUAAUUAGCGACAUGAGUAGGGAGUUGUGUCUUUCAUACUUUACACGUGUACUGGUCCAUGAGUUCUGAUCUGAUUUCAUCAGCCAUGUUGUCCUAGUGCCAAAAGGUCUGAAACUACUGGAUUUUGUGGACUAAGUGUGCGGGUGGCUGUGACUGCCAGUAACUGGAUAUUAGUAGAUUCAGGCAGGGCAGAACUGCUAUUUACUUUGAAGAAGCUUAGUACUGUACCUGGUAAUCAUGCUGUUUAUAUGCCACAUAAAACCGGAAUGUUCCUGUAUUGUGGAGAGACUGAAGGACAAACCUCAUCUUUUUUCUCGCCUGGAUAAAAGGCGGCAUGCCAAGAAUAACUUCCUGGCAGCUCCUAUUUACAGUCCAGCCUUGUGCAGCUCUGGUCUGGGCUGCCAUGCGUCCAUACGGCUGAUAAGGAUCAGUCUUGCUUGGCCACACAGUCCUGUUCUGUACGGAGAGGAGGAUAGGACACAAACGAGAAGCCACUUCAGCCAAACUACUCUCAUAACUGAAGCACCUGCAGGAUGUACUGUCAUCAUAGAUGCCCCAUUCUUUUUUAUGUUUUACCUAACUCAUGUAAAAGUGUAUUGCCAUCCGUGUGUGUGUGUGUGUGUGUGUGUGUGUGUGUGUGUGUGUGUGUGUGUAAGAGAGAUAAAGCAUGGCGUAGGAGGGUAUGUGUAGAUGCUACAAUCAGUGGUCAUUUUGUCUGCAGCUAUAUAUUGUAGUGUAAUGAACUAGAGACGUGCACUUCUGCACUAUGGUGCGACAGGCUGCUGUAGCCUAUACUCAACACAAGAUCAGUACCAAUUCUAGGGUGUAUACCACUGAUAUCAUUGUAGCUGUCAACACCAAACAUCAAUGGUGUCAAGAUGGUCUUUUGAGCAGGAAACAACAAGUAUUUCACCUUUUAUGCUCUGACUUAAGCCCCAGGCACUAUGACUGUGGAUGUGAUAUCUAAAAAUAUCUUCAAAUAUCUUGAAAAGGUGUCUUCACAAAAUGUAUGUAGCUUGUCUUUCAGUUCUAGGUCACAAGCGCUUCUUUUUUAUGUCUUGUUCGUUUGAACUAUGGAGAGAAGAGGGUGACAAGGAGGAGAGAAAAAAACAAGCACAAAACUUCAGUGGAAUUAAUCAGAGCACAUUGAGGGAAGGAAACCAUGAUAUUCAAUGUGAGAGUGAGAAAAGGCUAUUGAUCAGUCCAGAAAGAUGUGCCUGUUGUUUUCGAUUAGAGCUAGAUUUUAAAUCUCUACUGAAUGGUUCAGAUUUAUUUUUGGUGAACUGUUUUUGUUGAAAUGUCUUAUUAUUUGAAUUAUAAAUAUCCGUUAGUAUGUGGGAAAUUCUUGGUUUAAUUUGCUUUCACAUCAUUUGCCUUGUUGUUGCAACAUCACAAAAAUGGUCUUAGUUAUGUCUGUUCCCUUCUGUUCUGUGGUAUGUUUUACUCAACUCCAUUAAAUAUUCAGAAGUGAAUGCUGCUACACAUUCAAGAGACUCUCUAAAAAGGUUUUUUUGGUAAUACAUGCAGAAGCACUGGGUAAAAUGAUGUCCACAGCUCUGUUUACUUUGAGUUGAAUUCAGUGUGGAGCAGCAUUAAUGUUUUUUUUUAUUAGAACAACUUAUUUUUUCAGUUUCUCUCAUUAAUCCAGGGGUGUCAAACUUACAGAUCUGGCCCGCGAGCCCAUUUAAUCCGGCCUGCAAGAUAGUUUGAGUGUAUAUGUUAAAAAUUAAAGUAAAAAAAAAAAUGUUCUGGGGAAAACGAUCUCAAUCGAAAUGGCAACAACAAAAAAUACAAAACUGUAGAAAUUAUAAUGGACCUACAUUUAUAGUCUCUUUAUGCUGCUCCACACUGAAUUCAACUCCAAGUAAAAAGAGCUGUGGACGUGAUUUUACCCAGUGCUUCUGCAUGUAUUACCCCCCACAAAAACUUUUUUAGAGAGUCUCUUGAACGUGUAGCGGCAUUCACUUCUGAAUAUUUAAUAGAGUUGAGUAAAACAUACCACAGAACAGUCACCGAAACAAAAAGCUAGACAGUCAGGGAGCAUCCAAAAUUCCAAAAGCGAUGGAUAGAGGACCAUUUUCAGCAAACUUUGACGGCGAGGAAAUAUAACCAAUUUUAAGGGUGGCUCUCCGGACCUUGGUGAAGACCAAAUGCAGCCUGUGGGGCAAAAUGAGUUUAACACGCCUGCAUUAACCUGUCUGUGUUUUGUGUUUAAUUUAAAAUAAGCAGAUUUUAUUUAUUUACAAUGAAGACAGAAACCAAACAACAGGGGUGAAAAAGAGGAAAGCACAGGCUUAGAAAUGAGCAAAUUAUCAUGAAUGGCACAACACUGGUGCUUUUGUCCUAUUUUAUCUUGGGAUCUCUUAUUUAGGUCUGCUAUUGAUGAUACACUUAUAGAGGUCAAAUGAAUUGCUCAUCAUCAACUAGUGAAUCAUUGAAGGUCACUUGGCCUAGUUCCAUCUCCUCAUCAAUAAAACAUUUAGUAUAUUAUUCUCUCAAUGUCACCCUGCACAUGUCUUUCUUUAGCUUGCGUUGAUUUCCUUUAGUCAAUCUGAUCCAUGUUGAUAUGAGAUUUUAUCAUGUUUUGUUCAUAUCACAUUGUUUGCUUUCAACUGCUAUUUUCAUUUUCAGUGGGAGUCCCAGUGUUGAUGAUUUAUUGGGGUCACGGCCACAAAUAGACAACGCAAGUCUUGUUUUUCAGAAUAGUGGUGUGUCUGACUGUGUCCUCAUACAUUGAUAUACACAUAGGCUUCCGCAGUAUUCAUGUAUAUUGCGAAAAAUUAACACCCACUGGACUCACCCAGUACACCACCCCUAAAAAGGCGAGACCUACAAUCUAGCCAAUAUUCUACUAUUUCUAAGUGUCGUUCUAUCUUUAGAAAAAAGUAGUGUUGAGCUUAGAGUCAAACACAAAUAUGUGUCAGUCACUUUUUUAUAGGGCAGAGGGUCAGGAAAGGUCAAAAGAGUCAUUAUUAGUACAUCGAAAAUACAUUCCCUGUUGUCACAACUGAGUGGGAAAAUCUCCUUUGGUCUUGUGGGUGAUAAUGAUGAAAUUAUUAUUACACCAUCUGUAAAACCCAUCUAUACAGAAACACUUCGAAACAUUUCAGGAAGGUGUCUAAUUCUUUAAUAAAAUAUAAUAAAAUGUGUUAGCACAUCCACGGUUGAAUCUCAGACUACCAUUGUUCAUCAUCACCUCUGAAAAAGUGUGUAAAUUGUACAUAUACCUACCUCAACAUGGUUUCUGAACAGAAUACCCUCCUCUGACAUCAUUGAUACAUGAUACUGUACUGAUCUUCUUACCAAGAGCAUGAAUCCAAAUGUGAAACAAAUGAUAAGGUGUUCAGUGUUUUGAUGGUGGAUGGUAUUCUGUUUACUACUGUAAGUGCAUCAGCAAGCAGACUGAGACAACAGGAAAAUGCACUUGUCAACAAACCCGCUUCAUUGUUUAAGAGGAAUUCAUGGUUGUGACUAUUUAAGCUGCUUAGGCCUAUAUCUGUUUCGUUUGCCUUAAGAAAGUAUUUAUAUGCUUUUGUUUAAUUUCUUUCAAUCUCAUAAGGAUUUGUUUUUGUCCUCUGGUUUUGUGGUUAUGAUGAUCAAAGUGGUGUGAGGUCUCUAGGUUGAUCAAAGUUCUCUGUUCACAGCCCAAUAGCAUUGUGUUUCUAUACAGUUACUGUGCUUAUACUAUUAUAUUAAUAUCCACAAUGCAAGAUAGACCUAUUAAGCUCACAGUUUAAAUGAGCACACUUUUUACCCAAUAAAUUGACCUGUCCUUGUAGCAGGUAAUACUGAAGACUUCUAACAAAAGGAACUACUAUUAUUAUUUAUUGAUUUGGAUCCAUUAUUGGUGGUUGAGUUUUGUUCUGAGGUAUUCAUCAACAUUAGUUACUAGUAAUGUAGACGAAUAGCAGUGAUGUACUGUAUGAUACUACUCCACCCCUACUGUAGCCUAUAGAACAUUAGUACAAGCACAGUAACGAAUGAACAUAGGAAUGUCAUUCCAUUUUGUUUGACUUCUGAAGCAUACUGUAUAGAUGUCCUUAGUGUCUCAGUUGCAAAUGGAGGAUCACAAUAGUAAUUGAAAAACAAAACUAUAUAACUGUAAAUAAAUGUAUGCAAAUGUACAUGUUAAAAGAACAUUCCUCUCAGAGUCCUGAUUGUGAAGGGUUUCUGUUGACUGGAGGUCGCCGCCACAAAAUGGCAGUUACAUAUGAUGUAAUACAGAUUAAAAUAGUGUGGUGUAUGUGAUGUAUUAAAUGACAAAAAUGCAAAAAAACAAAAAAACGGUUAAUUAUUGUCUUUUAAGUAAGUUGCAUUGUGUAAUGAAAGUCUGAAGUGCUUAAACUGCAUUAAAUCGGAUUAAAACACAUUUUAUUGUAAAUUGAAGAGUAAAAACAGAACAUGACAUUUUUGUAUAUAUUGGAUUUUUGUAAAUUUUUAUUUGAUUCUAAUGCAACACAAAGUACCAAAAUUAAUUUAAUAAAGUACACUGUGGCCAUUUUUUCAGCUUCCACUUAGUUAAUUUGUGUUUUGUUAACACAGGUUGUCACAUUAUGUGCAUGCAACUCUAAAGAUAUGAGUAUAAUGGUAAUGUAUUAUAAUAUGAUUCAUAUAUUUUCACUAGAGCCACUGGUUAUACAGCAUUCCAACAGCAUUGUUAUUGAUAUAAUGCAGUGUUUGCAGAAUGGGCAGUGACUGAACAAAAGAACAGCACAUAUACACACUGGUACAUUUAAGUGCAUUGAGUUCUUUGCUUUGAAUACUGUGUGUAUACAGUAUGCAAAUAGGUAGGUGUGGGUAAAAUUUACAUUCUGCAUGAUGAUACUAAAUAAUAGGUGCAAUUUACCUCUUCAUUCAUUAUUGAAGAGGCUGUAUCCACAGACAAUGGAUGCGUCCCAAAUGGCACCUUAUUCCCUAUAUAGUGC